AUGUUUUUGGGUUUGAGGGGUUUCGCGUUCAGCAUUUUCGUUUUGCAAAUCAGCGCACAGCUGCGCGACCAACUACGAUUCGUGACCGUGGAGACCUGCGCGGGCAACGGGACUGUGUUCGACGCGUCCAGAGUGACUUGUAGUCCGUGCCCUGCGAACUCGACAUCGUUCAGGGGCCAUAGCUGCGUUUGCAAGUCGGGUUACAUCGAGACCAAGAGAUCCAACUACCGUCAAGUGGAAUGCAAACGCUGUCCCGAGGGCCAGACAUCGUCACUGAGUCGGAAUCGAUGCCUAAACUGCACGGCUGACAGCUGCAGCCGGUGCGCUGUCGGUGGCGCUCUCGUGGAAAACGAGUUUUCCGUGGAAUGUGUUCAGUGCGUGAACCAUACGCAUCUCCCGGAAUGUUCGGCUUGGGAACGCCGCCAAACGCUCGUGACUGACACGGAUCCGGACUAUCCGUCGUACAAUGAGAACUCAGAAUUUAUUCUGCGCAAGAUAACGAAAGCCUACGAAAAAUGCGACUCCGGAGAAGACUGUGGUCUCCUGGCGAACCUGUGCGUGCUUUCACACUAUCGAAUGUCUCUCAGCCAAGAGUCGCUGUGCACCUUGUAUCUGAAACGAAUGCCCACCCUCGGUCAGCGGGGUCCAAACAACGGCCCGUGGAUCUACUACGACGAAGAAACGCAGCAAACGCUGUACAAGACGAACCUGCCAAAUAAGUUCACCCUGAAUCCUUCGAAGAACAGCUCGUUCUUGGUGUUCCAUGGGAUCAUGUUCGACGACUCCGGUAAUUUCGUCAAGGACGGCGACCUCUCGAUUCGAGAACUGCUCCCAUGCGGCCAAAUUCCAGUCCGGCUUCCGUUUGCUGCCAACGUGGACGUAACCUGCAAGAUCACAGCCAAAGAACUCAGCGAUCACCCAUUAUAUUUCGUGGACGUAUAUCUCGUGAACCAACAAAAGCAGACCAUCUACCCAAUCCCGAUACUGCUUCGGAAUCUCUACAAGAACGGAAUAGCCAUAAACAAGCCCGGCAGGCUCGAGUCCCAGUGGCAGCUCACGAGACGCCUGUUCACUGUCGACUCUCUGUCGAUACCGGGAAGUAUCCGAUACCUGAAGAGUGUUGAUAUCCGUGUCAGACUCCAGCCAUGGUGGGACGGUAGGGAAGCCGGUAGCGCUUAUCCCCCGCUGAUCAUCCUCAGCUACGGAAGAAUUCCGAACACGUCAGAGGAAGAGAUCAAUUUGCGCUUCCGGGUACAUUACGAGCAAAUUCAAUCGAAAACCUUCCAGGACAUCUCCAUCGCCAUCGGCGUAUUGAGCACAUUGGUGGCGAUGUGGGCUUGCAUCCGGACUUGGGGCUGGGUGCGACGCAACGGCACCCAGUCUUUCGGAGCGAUCGGAAUUUAUAAAUUGCUGGCUUUUACUUGCGGAGGUCUGGCCGACGCUUUCCUGCUGGUUCUUCUAUGCUCCUGUUUCAACUGGCUCGUCAUGUUCAAGGCACAGGGUAUAAUCCAUCUUCUGCUGCCGACGGCCGACCAGGAAACCGAAAUCAUCACGUACAUAGCCGUCGCGCUGGCGCUGAAAGUUGUCGAGGUUGUCGACUCGAUCGUGAUGCAACAAAACUGGGACGUGUUUCUCGUCGACUGGGAACUCACCGAGGGUGCGACAGCUUGGAGGAGCUAUCUCAUCGCCGGAGAGUUCCUCAAACUCAUCACGUACCGUCGAAUCAAUAUCGGAAGUCUACUCCUCGUGAUUCUGUUCAUUCUGAAGGUCGCCAAUGUGGAAUCGCUUGCUCUUUCCUCCCCGGCGAGCGUACACAUCUCAAGCAGCGUGACUCCCUUCAGCUCGACGUGUCGGCUGGGCCUGAUCGCUCUGGUGUUCCUCGGCACCGCUUCGAUCUACUAUGUCUGCGUUCGCCUCGUGAUCGAGCGUUUAUUCGGGAACAGUCGGAUGCAGCGCUUCGUCGACCUGUGCUCGAUAGCCAACAUCAGCUUGCUGACUCUCACGCAUUCAUGUUACGGGUAUUAUAUACACGGCCGAUCAGUUCUGGGCAAAUCUGACGUCACCUUGUGGGAAAUCUUGGAUCAGCUACACAAAGAAGAAAACGAUCUGUGUGCUCACCGCGGCCUCAUCCCCGACACGGACGAGCAAACCUUCCGGAUAAGCUUGUUGUCGCAAUUGAAAGUCCAAUACAACCGACUUCUGGAAGGGGCCAACGCGCCCCCACAGAGUAUCGAACGUGUGGCGGCUUCGCAUAAAGCCAUCAAUCGCUUCCUCGUGGCUUUUCUUCAACAUGCCGUGAAGGAUCUCGACUACGUUGUCAGGGAUGCCAUGGCGGUCGAAACAUUCCUGGACGUCGAACUCAACGACGUUCAUGAUCGCUGCGUUUUCUACAAGGAUCCAAACGGACGAACCCUGGAGUCAUUGCUGUUCUCGAAUUUCGAGAAGAACCUCCUCAUGCUAGAUCUACUGGUGCUCAUUGUUUCGGAUUGGGCUUCCCACGACCCCAUACUCGCUUGCUGUCUCGUAUACGCCGUAGAUACGUUCAUCUCUACCCUACGUACGGCGUUCCUUAAGCGGAACCUUGUCAAGAAAUCUCUCAUCGACUCGCGUUUCAUAACAAAGUGA